GUGCAAAAGUGUCCGAGCCGGAGGAUCUGGGCCCGUUUCUGGAAGAGGAAUCGGAAGAAGAGGAAAAGGAGAAUGAUGGAGAAGUCCAGCCGGACACGUCGGUGGGUGGUAAUGCCGAUGAGGCAAGCGCGGCAAAUAAACCGGCGGAGGCUGAGCCGGAGAAGGAGAAGGAAAAAGAGGAGAAUCCUGGCAGUGAUGCCAAGGUUGCGGAGGUGGAUCUGGUUGGCGAGGGGAAGGAUGGCGAAAAGAAGGAUGCUGCAGCAGCAGAAGCUGCCGGGAGCAACCCCAAGAAGAGCCCGCCUGGAAGCAUGGCAGCCAUUCAGGAUGAGGAUAAGGAUAAGAAGGACGAUGGUGAUGCCUGGAAAAAAAAGAGAAUCAGGGUUGGUGGGGGCAUGACAGCCGCUGGAGUGGUGGAGGACGAUGGAAGUUGCCUCAACAAAGAGUGCCAGCUCAACAAGGAGGAGGAAUGGUGGGCCCAGCACGAGUAUGACAAUGAGAAGGAGAAAGAGGAGCCGCAGCCCAAAAAAAGGAGGGUGUUGAAGAAGAAAGCCAAGGUUGAGUUGCAGCAAUGA